UCUUGGUCGGAUACGGUUGUAAAAAUACUAUCUCCCUAUUGACAAUAAAACCGUUUAUUGAAAAUAGAAAAAUGGAUUGUGACGAAUUCAGGCAGCGUGGAGCAGAAAUGGUGGAGUACAUCUGCAAGUACAUGGAAACUUUGAAUGACAGGCGGGUGACACCCUCUGUUGAGCCUGGUUACCUUCGUCAUCUUUUGCCAGAUGAAGCACCUCAAGAACCAGAACCCUGGGAGAAGAUAAUGUCUGAUGUGGAAGACAAAAUCAUGCCCGGUGUAACGCACUGGCAGCAUCCGCGGUUCCAUGCAUAUUUCCCAGCUGGAAAUUCAUUUCCUUCAAUUCUUGGUGAUAUGCUGGGCGAUGGAAUCGGCUGCAUUGGUUUUUCUUGGGCAGCCAGUCCAGCAUGUACAGAAUUAGAGACAAUAGUUUUGGAUUGGUUAGGUAAGGCAAUUGGCUUGCCAGAACAUUUCUUAGCACUGAAGCAGGGCAGCAAGGGAGGUGGUGUUAUUCAGACUUCCGCAUCUGAGUGUGUUUUAGUCACAAUGCUAGCAGCUCGUGCACAGGCUCUUAAACGACUUAAAACACAACAUCCUUUUGUUGAAGAAGGACAUUUGCUGUCAAAACUGAUGGCAUACUGUUCGAAGGAAGCGCACAGUUGUGUGGAGAAAGCUGCAAUGAUAUGUUUCGUGAAGUUGAGAAUUUUGGAGCCUGAUUGCAACUCCAGUUUGCGAGGAGAUAUUGUUGCUCAGGCCAUGGAAGAGGAUGAACUACAAGGUUUAGUACCAUUCUUUGUGUCAACAACAUUAGGCACAACAGGUUCAUGUUCAUUUGAUAACCUCGACGAAAUUGGAAAAGAAAUUCAAAGAUUUCCAGCCGUAUGGUUGCAUGUUGAUGCUGCUUAUGCAGGUAACUCAUUUAUUUGCCCUGAACUGAAGCCGCUCUUAAAGGGCAUCGAAUAUGCUGAUUCAUUUAACACAAAUCCCAACAAAUGGAUGUUGACGAACUUCGAUUGCUCGCUAUUGUGGGUGCGUGACCGCAUACGUUUGACAUCAGCUCUGGUUGUGGAUCCCCUGUAUUUGCAACAUGGCUAUUCGGAUGCUGCCAUCGAUUAUCGUCACUGGGGAGUUCCACUAAGUCGUCGAUUCCGAUCGCUGAAACUUUGGUUUGUUUUACGGAAUUAUGGAAUAUCCGGACUUCAGAAGUACAUCCGACAUCACAUACAUUUGGCGAAGCGAUUCGAGCAACAUGUACUUAAAGACAAUCGAUUCGAGAUCUGUAAUCAAGUCAAGUUGGGACUGGUUUGCUUUCGAUUAAUUGGAUCGGAUAAACUCAACGAAAAACUCUUGAGCAUUAUUAACGAAUCUGGAAAACUGCAUAUGGUCCCGGCUUGUGUGAAUGAAAAAUACAUUAUAAGAUUUUGUGCUGUAGCUCAAAAUGCUACCAAUGAAGAUAUCGAUUAUGCUUGGGAUGUUAUCGUUGACUUUGCUACUGAACUUUUGGAGAAGGAACAACACGAUGAAAUAUCAGAAAUUAUCAAUAAAAAGAAGAACAAAUCUUUGGCUCAGAAACGUUCAUUCUUCGUUCGAAUGGUCAGUGAUCCGAAAAUCUAUAAUCCAGCUAUUAAUAAGACUGGUAGUCCAAAACUUUCAUUGGAUAUGAUGUCACCAGUUGUUGAUGGAACACCGAUAAUUCAAAUACCAUCUGAUCAACGUCAAGGCACUUGGAUAAGUUGGCCAUUGGCAUUUCUUUUCAACAACAAUUCUUCUUCGGAUGAUGGUUCGAAGAUUAAUGUUGGUAUAAGAUUUCGACAUUUAGAUACUAAUGUCCGGCCAUCAACAUCUCGCCGAAAUUCCGGAAGUGGUGGUGGAUCAUCACCAUCACCAGAGAAUGAAGUUGCCCUUCAAACUGUGGCUAAGUCAUCACCAAAAAAAUCACCAAUUAUGCCACGAAAGAAAGACAUUUCACCAACACGAAAUCAUAACUAAAAUUUGAGCUUUCAAAAAACAAAUUGUAUCGACUUUCAAAUAAAUUGCCAAAUUAUAAUGUAUUAUAAAAUAUUUAUUUUAAAGAAAAAUAAUUUUAAAUUUUAAAAGUGCUUAAGCCAAUUUCA